AUGGUCAACCGUCGACAUUGUACUUAUUGUUGUCUUCAAAAAUGUUUUAAUGUUGGAAUGCGAAAAGAAUGGAUUCGAAGUGAAGAAGAAAAACAAUUGAAAAAAUAUCAGAUUGAAAAUAAUCGACAGUUAAAACAAAAGAAAAAUGAAUUUAACAAAAAUAAAAAUAAUAUUAAACAGACUAUUCAAACACUUAGUUUACUGUCAAAUGAUAAGUCAAGUUUAACACAAGAUGACUGGUGUCAUUUAAAUAAUAUUUUUAUAUUAUACGAUCAAAAAGCAAAACCUGUUGUGUUAAAUCGUCAUUCAUUGAACACAACAACUAUUAAUGAGUUUGUGAAUAAAAAAAGUGUUUGGGUAAUGCAAUUAUUAUCUUAUUUUAAACAAAUACCAGAAUUUCAAAAAAUAAAUGUCGAUGAUCAAGUUCUCUUGACUAAAUAUAAUUUUCGAGUACUAAUACCUAUAAAUUUAGCUCUAAUUCGAUAUAAAUUAGCAUCAACAACAUCACCUUCCGAUCAUAUCGAUUUUAUGAUAUCGGUACAUGGAAAAGAAUUAUAUCAAAAUAUGAGAAAAAAUGUACUUAGUAUAAGUUUAUUUCAACAUGAUCCAAUGAUUAUUAAAUUAAUGCUAAUUAUUAUGUUAUUUAGUGGAUGUUUGUUAACAACUACAAGUCAAAUGGAAAUAAAUUCUUUUCAAAACAUAUAUCAAAUAUAUACGGCACAAAACUUUUAUGCAAAACUCUUGUGGUGUUAUAUGGAAUAUGUAUUUGGGGAAUCUGGCGCUAUAGUGGCGUUUAGUAUGUUUAUAAGUCGAUGUUUACGUAUUCAACUAGUAUCAAAUGAUGUUCAUUCUUGUCUUAAACGACAACUAAAUCUCGAUGAUAUAUUGCCAUUAAUGCAAUCAGUGCUACAGUUAAAUUAA